AUGCGGGCCUUGCGCCGCGCUUCCGGCCGACGACGACGCUCCGAUGACCCGUACCAUCUGAUUGCCAGUGUCUCCGGCCAUCUACCUCUCAAUGAAGCUGCUCAAAGGUAACAAUUUUUCUUCUCCUGUUUCUAUUUGACCCAUCAAAGAUAUCUUGUGAUCGGCUUCAUCCUCUGAACUUGGCCCAAUAUUCUCCAUGGCCAUUAUGUUUGAUUUCUGAAGUCGCUGGAAUGUUUGAAUCUGACUCUGAAAUGUCUUAAAUAUUAAACGCGAAACGGAGGCCAACUCCCUUGGCCCGGUCUUUUCGCCUCUGAUCUGGGCGCCAAGGUAGCGUGAGAAGUUGCCUCAGGGCCUGACUUCUUCCGUUUCCCGCGAACUCUUUUUUCUUCCCCGUUCUCACCAAACCCUAAAAAUAAGGGUUUUAGAGGUCCCAAGGGGCGACCUCAACUCUUAAUUACGGUAUGCCCUCAGGGCAUCACAACUUUCCCGGGACAUUAUGUAGCCUUUAUUGUUUAUAUCGCCAGGAAAACAGUUUUUGGGCAAGUCUGACAUUUAUUUGGAGCGGCGAAGACGCUAAACCUGAAGCUAAUUGCUCGCAUUCAUAACAUUCUUUAAUUAAUUUUUGUCUAAUAUCAAUCAUAAUAUAAUUUGUCGUUUAGCGCGGUCACAGUGCUAAAUUAAAAUAUUUCAUCUGAUGAGGUACAAUAGUCUGAUUCAUCUUGCCUAUGCUUGUUUUAAAACAUUCCCUCGUGCAAUGAUUUGAUUUCGGAGGUUUUAGAGUUAUAUCCUUAAAAGGACUGACUUUUAUCCGGAGGCUGUUCUCCCAAUAAAUUCGAUAUAAGUUAAUAAAAGGAGGGCGGGCGCCUCGAGUUUACUCUAUCGAGUUAAGGCUUCGGGAAUUUAAGUUCAAUCAGGCCAUAAACAGAAUCAGAUGGGAUGAGGAAAUUCGUCCUUUCCACUCCAGAAUCCGUACCGUUGACCCCGCUACAGAGUCGAAGCCGGAGUCGGCAUCGGGCAUUUAGAAGGUAGAUCAGCAGAUUCCCCGGUUAGAAUAUUAUAGUUCUCUAUUCAACUGCUAAUUUAUUCUUCUGCAUUGUUACUGUAGACUUGGUUCCAUUUUUUCUACAAGACUUUUAUUGUCCGAGAUGGUUAAUAAUUGAUAUUUUUCAGAGUCUUACCACCUGUACACCUUGGUAACAACGUCUCAGAGCCAGCCGCAGAACCGGUGGCGGCCAAAGGCGUUUGUGUUCGUUUGGUCGGCGUCUUCAAAUCCGACCCCAGCACCUCAAGUCAGUCCAUCCAGAACAGUCUCGAAGGUAAGUUGGGCGGAAGAAAGCGAGCACGAAAGAUGCUCGUCUUAAGAACGCCAAACAUUUUGACACUUAGCUGGCUAGGAGCAGAUAGACAAAAAAUUAUGUACGGUGCGUAGUAAAGUUGUGAAAUAUGAAGACUAACUUGACCCAUUUCCAAUACUUUCGAGUGUCGAAGGGACGUUUUGAGUCCGGGAAACUGCUCGCAUGGAAUCAAUCUCGGCCUAAUACUAGUAAUCCAUCCUUUUUCAGGGCAUACCAACGUCCUCAGAGGCCUCGAACCAGACCGAGGAAUGCAUCGACAAUUUACUUCAUCUUCGAAUGGAGAAGAAGAAUUCACUGCCGAAGAACUACAGGAGUUCGCCCAGGCCUUCGACAUGUUCGACAAGGACAAGAAUGGAACCAUGAACAUCAAGGAGCUGGGUGUGGCCAUGCGGACACUCGGUCUGAAUCCGACCGAAGAGGAACUCCUCAAUAUUGUAAAUGAAUAUGAUGUGGAUGGGAAUGGGAAGAUCGACUUCGGAGAGUUCUGCAAAAUGAUGAAAGCCACGAAUAAAGAGACGGACGAGAGUCUGAUUCGGUUGGCCUUCAAGGUGUUCGACAAGGAUGGAAACGGAUUCAUUACGGCUCAGGAAUUCAAACAUUUCAUGACCACUAUGGGGGAGAAAUUCAGUGAGGAAGAGGUCGAUGAAAUCAUCAGGGAAGUUGAUAAGGACGGCGACGAACAGGUCAGUGCUGAAUAAACAUUUUAUAAGCAUUUUUAUAAAAUUGGAACGGGCUCAAACUGUCAGGGAAUACCCCAAGCGCUACGCUCAGAUUUUGAUGAGACUUGGCACAAAUUCAUUAAUUUUUUCAAUUUUCAAAAUGAGGGGGAGUUUUAAAAAAAGGGGAUGUGCAUUGAAGGGGGAGUGUUCAAAAAGGGGGAGGGUUCGGACUCAACCCUUUUUCGUGUUGUGUUUCUCACAAGGAAAAUACACUGCUCCACGAAAUGAUAGACGCACCCUGUUUUUAGCGGUUAUCUUCCUUGUACUAAAUGAUAUCGAAUAAUGUUCAACAGAUGAAAUGUGACAAAUUAAACGAGAAAUCAUGUCCCGUAGCAAUUUUGGAACAACAUUUUGUCUUGACUGAGAUAUGACAAUUUUCGACUUUUUUGGGGUCCACAAAAUGAUAGACGCAUUUAAGUAAUUUUUUGUUUAUUUAAAAGAAUUUUGAGUCAACCUGCUUUUAUUACACUUCCUCGUGUUCUCUGUAGUAUUAGAAAGGUAAUUACCUUUAUGUCCGCCCUACUUCAUCGACGCAGUGGCCUUAUGAGCCAUUUCCGACCUUGCACAUGAGGUAAAUAUUCGGCUUGAAAAAAACUGUAGGUUAUGCUGUUUUCUUGGGCGAAAAAACUAGCGAAUACUAUCACAUUAUACGUGUAGAUCUCACUAAUAAAAAAAAACCGGCUUGCUCAGGGAUCCCGAGCAUUUUCUUGGCAUAUCAUCUUCAACAUGUAGCUACCUUAAUCCUUUUAGACCCCCGAAAUACCAAGGCGAAUAAAGAGAAUGACAAAAUUUAAUUUGCAAAUUCGAAUUGAGCAUGCCUGAAAACGUAAUGUUUUAAUCAUCAGCCGUUACAGAAUAAAUUUGGUCGGUAACGUCGUUCGACAAAAAAAAGUUACCAAAAAUAGGCUUGUUUUUACACGUUUAUUUUUAAUCAAUCAUCUAUCAAUCAUCAUGACAUUUAAGCAGGCAAUAAGUUGCGGUUUUAGGUUUGUUAACAUGCUGAGUUUGAUUUUCUGACAAGGGAAUGGACUUUAUGUGUAAAUCGAUUUUGGCUUGGGACCUAGUCAUAUCGAAAGGUAUAUGGUAGUCGAUUAUUCACUUGGGGGGAAAUCUCUGCGCGGGGCUUCAAAGUCGAGAAAAUCGGCUUCAAAGUUUGGACGAAAAUCAAAGGAUAGGGAUCCCGGAAAACGAGCGAUAAAAAGUGUGAAGCAGUGGCCGAGUGGUCAGUGCGCUCGCUUUUUGCGCAAAAGGUUGCAGGUUCGAGUCUUUCCAAGCUCAAAUCAUCAUUUAUCGUUUUUACAUUUUCUUUGUUCGUGCUAAUCCGGUAGUACAUUUAAAAAAAGGGGUAUAGAUAAAAAAGUUAACAUAAUGGAAAGUUGUUUUUGAAUACACCAGGUUGACGGUGUGCCCUUCGCUCUAAAACUGUAAAGGGAAGGUGCAAAGCCGCUGAAAAUGGAAAGGUUCCGUUUAAAAUACACUUCUUGCAUCGAUAAUCGAGCUCAGCGGAAAAAAAUUAACAGAAGUUUUUGUCUAAAAAAGUUAUGAAUGGAAGCAGAUUCGAACUUGCGACCUUUUGCGCAAAAAGCGACCGCACUGACCACUCGGCCACUGCUUCACACUUUUUAUGGCUCCUUUUCCGGGAUCCCUAUCCUUUGAUUUCCAAACUUUGAAGCCGAUUUUCUCGACUUUGAAGCCCCGCGCAGAGAUUUCCCCCCAAGUGAAUAAUCGACUACCAUACACCUUUCGAUCUGACUAGGUCCCAAGCCAAAAUCGAUUUACACAUAAAGUCCAUUCCCUUGUGAGCAAAAAAUUGCCAUCGAUAGUAAUCUUCUGUACUUUUAGAGCCUUUGAAGGUUACUGUAUAAGGUAUACGGUAACUUAAUGGUCGAUUAAAUGACUUCAAGCGAAUCGGUAUUGGUUUAUUUUAUGUCUUAUAUUUGCUACUAGUAAUCUAUGAUGGUUUAAGAUGGAUUUUUGGCGAAAGCCAAGUUGUUACUCAAUUUUUUUUUCAAGCCGAAUAUUUACCUCAUGUGCAAGGUCGGAAAUGGCUCAUAAGGCCACUGCGCCGAUGAAGUAGGGCGGACAUAAAUGUAAUUACCUUUCUAAUACUACAGAGAACACGAGGAAGUGUAAUAAGAGCAGGUUGACUCAAAAUUCUUUUAAAUAAACAAAAAAUUACUUAAAUGCGUCUAUCAUUUUGUGGACCCCAAAAAAGUCGAAAAUUGUCAUAUCUCAGUCAAGACAAAAUGUUGUUCCAAAAUUGCUACGGGACAUGAUUUCUCGUUUAAUUUGUCACAUUUCAUCUGUUGAACAUUAUUCGAUAUCAUUUAGUACAAGGAAGAUAACCGCUAAAAACAGGGUGCGUCUAUCAUUUCGUGGAGCAGUGUAAUUUUAUGAGGAAAACUAUUUUUUGUUGUCCGCAAAAAACUUCUCACUGUCCGCAAAUGAGUAGACUUCUAGACAAGAAAUGUGCAAUUCUUGUCUGAGCAGAGAAAAAAGAAAAAAAUCUUCACGGGGAGAGAGCAGACAUUUGCGCAAUACAUAUUGCGCAACGUUACGCAAUUUGAGACAAGAAUUACACGUUUCUUGUCUAGAAGCCUAACAGACAAGAAUCGCGGUUUCUGGCCACGAAACCCGAUUUAAUUUGUUGUCACCAUCCUUAUAUACUUGAUCAGCACAAUUUUCGGGUUCUUUGAGAUAUAAUAUAUCCCGUCAAAAAGUAGGAGCCCACUAAAAGUACUUUCCUUGUCAAGUCGUCCUCCUUUUUUUAUUAAAAAAUGUGAGGAAAGCGUUUUAGCGAUUUGCUUCUGAACGAACGGUGCGAUCUUAUUGCUGCACUCUUUAUGUUCAAAAAGUAUUUUUCUCUUUUACCGUCUCCGCGUUUAGCGUAUUCUCUCAGCGGCGUUGAUAUUUCGGGAACGCCUGCAAAGCGGGAGCUAAAACUUUCAGGAAUUGAUAUGUGGCUUAUUACUGGCAUGUGCAAAAUUUAAAGAAAAUCUGAGUGUCGCACGUGGGGUACUUCCCUUGUAAGAAAAUUUUAUUUAUUAUGCGAAGCAUUGCGCACUCGAUUGUUACACAAUCCACUUUCCCAAUAACUUUAUUUCUAUCGGAUUUCAGAUUGACUACGAAGAGUUCGUUAACAGUUUUGCGUCGAUUGUCCAUGACAACAACCAGCAAGGAGACGGCGGAAUCUUCGCGGAUCCCCCGCCUUCUUUGAUCAAGAAAUAA